GAAAUCUUUCAAGCUAAAUAAUUACAAUACAGAUAAGAUAAGGCCAAUAGUACAGUACCUACAAAAGUUACUAUGUUUAGUAGUAAAAAAAAAAAGGCCUACAUCGCUAGAGGCGGACGAGCCCGUUAGCGUGAUAUGGUACGGUAUAUAUAGGCUCAGGGCCCCGCACUCUUCAACAUAAUUUCAUCAAUUUUUAUGUAAAUUUGAGUCAGAGACCAGAAUUUAAGUGGUUCGUUCAACAAAAAACAGUAAUUCAGCUGUAAUUGGAAUUCUGAAGGGAAAAAAAAUGUCCAUUAUUGUUUGAAUUGAAGCAACUAUUGCAUUCUGGUUCAAAACUAGAAAGCAAAUAUGAAGAGCAGUGCAUCGUUGACAUCAUUAUCAUCUAUGGACAAAGAGUCAUCACUGAAUUUCUAUGGCCAUUAUGGCUUCAACAGCACUUUAAGUCAACAGCGUUCAUCAUUCUCAAAUCUUUCUAGUGCACCUACAUUAAACAAUAAUAACAAAUUGCAAGAUGAUUUUAGAAGAAAAUUCACAGAAGAGCAAGAUGAACUCCCACGGCUUUCAAACAAAAAGCGUCAGAAGCGCAAUGACCUGAUAACAGUCAAUCUGAGUGGAACUAGAUACGAAGUGGUUCGUCAGGUUGUAGAGAAAUUUGGCUUUACAAUUACAAAAGAGGACGACCCAACUUCGUAUCUGAUUUGGAAUGACACAUUUGUUUCACCAGAUAGAAUCAGUGAACUUAAGCCAUACCAGCAUAUAAACCACUUCCCUGGUAUGGUUGAAGUUACAAGAAAAGAUUCUCUGGCAAGAAAUAUGAUGAAAAUGAGUAAAGUUAUGCCAGAUGAUUUCAAUUUUGUACCUAAAACAUGGAUUCUUCCCACAGAUUAUACUGUCUUACAAAAUUAUGCUAAAGACAUGAAGUUGAAAAGAAAAUCUAAAACAUUCAUUGUAAAACCUUCCAAUGGUGCUCAGGGUCAUGGUAUUUCCUUAUUCAAAAAUGCAGAGAAGAUUCCAUCAGCUGAGCAUUUUGUUGUUCAAGAGUAUAUUGACAAACCUUUACUUUUAGAUGGCUAUAAGUUUGACUUAAGAAUUUAUGUUCUCAUAACGUCUUGUGAUCCACUGAGAAUUUUCUUAUUUAGUGAUGGGCUUGUCAGAUUAGCCACAGAGAAGUAUCUCCCUCCACAUGAGACUAAUGUGAAUCAUCUGUUCAUGCACUUGACGAACUACUCAGUGAACAAGCAGAGUCAGUUCUAUGAUAAAAAUGUUGGUCAUGACACUGGGAGCAAGAGGUCCAUCCGAUUCUUCAAUGAGUACCUUAGAAGAAGUGACAUUGAUGGGGGGCUACUGUGGCGUAACAUCUCAGACAUGAUUGUCCACACACUUCUUGUUGCACAGCCACAUGUGCUACAUGCAUACAGGAUGUGUCGUCCGGGAGUUCCAUCAGGGAGUGACAGUGUUUGUUUUGAGAUUCUUGGCUUUGAUAUAAUGAUUGACAGAAAGUUGAGACCUUGGUUACUAGAGAUAAACAGAUCUCCUAGCUUUGGUACAGAUGAAGACUUAGAUUUUGAAAUUAAAUCAGCUUUACUUGAGGAUACUAUCAGACUUCUAAAUAUCAAGGUAAGUGAUAAACGUCGAAACAUGGCUGCUCAGAAAGCUCAAGCUCAGAAGCGUCUAUUCAAAUCCAAUAAAAAAGUUGACAUGCAAGACUUUACAGAAUUAGAUAAGAAGAAGAUGGACAGUGAGAAAAGAAAAGAAGAAUUGAAUGAGCUCCUUCAGCGCAUUAGACGAAUAUCAACCAAAGAAGAUUUUGAAAGACGGCACUGUGCCAGUUUAGGAAAAUUUUUCCCAGUGAGUGCCAGCCAGGCAGGAACGUUAUUGCAACAUCUUAACAAAAAACAUUCUCACUUUUUCUUGCUGGUCGGUGGAGCAAGCAUGCAGAAAGAAAUUCAAGUAACUUACAAUAAUAAAUACAAGGAAGAGGAUAUUUUAGACAUGCUGGCAGAAUGUGAAACAGAUGAGAAAGAGCUUAAGUUAUACCCUAUAGGGAAAUCAUUACGAGGCCCAAAGCCUUUACAGAGCAUGCCAGAGUCUGUCCCCCACCAAGUGGACAAUGAUGAGUUGUAUGAUAGUGAAUCUAGUGGGCCCAACACACCAUUAGGCAGGGCCAGGUCCACAUCGAGAUCUGAAUCUCAUAGUGACAGAAAUAGACACAGAUCAAGUUCCCGCCCAGGUUCUGUUAAUGCUCCAGGUACCAGCAGCAACAGUAAUGCCCAUAGGCCACUUAGCCAUUCACCCCUUGCAUCUAGCAAAGGUCACCAUGUGUCCAGGAGUAUGACAAGAACCAACAGCACAAAUAAAUUGGCCACUCUGCAUAGAAGUAAUUUGAAAGAAAACUCAUUGACUAAAGAAAAAGAAUCUGAAUUAAUUUCCAAAACAUUAAGCGCCCUGAAUGAAAUGAGAAUAAAAUUUCCUGGCAAGUCAGACUCUGAGGCUGAGCUAAUGCUAGACCAGUUGAUUGUAAACUGGAAGUUCCACAAGCCAGGUGUAGCCUCCUAUUGGUUAGUGAAACUUGAUUCUAUAAAAAGAAGAAAGAUCAUUGACAUUGUCAAGUCAAAUGUUCGGGCCAUGCUGCAGCGGAUAUACCAGACAACAGACAUUGAAGAUCUUCCUGUUUAUCGCACAUUCAAUCGUGUCUUUAACCGUUUGCUGUGGAGUCAUGGCCAGGGUCUCUGGAACUGUUUUAGUUCAAGCCAACAAUCAUGGGAAACUAUUUUUAGCAAAAGUACUGAAAAUAUUGCAGAGAAUGAGUUCAACUGCUGCCGGCGUAUCGUACAACUUUGUAAGGAUUGUUUACUCAUUGUAUAUAAAUUUGCAGAUGAAGCAAGAAACCAAAGCACAAUAUCAGUCAGCCAAGCUAGCCCAGAGGCCUUACACCAGAAACUAGAAUUAAGACCGUUAGCGACGUCUUCUACAGGGUUCAUUGAAGUGCGUGAUUUAAAACCAACAUUGAACUACACUCCACUGGGUCAAAAGUACACCAGGCCAUAUCAAUACCCAAGUUUUGGAACCUCAUGACUUGACUCUGCAGCCUAGUCAAUUACAAUUGUAGGAUUAAAUUGAUAGCUUUUUUUGUUUUCUCCACACACUGUUUUUCCACAACAGUUUACAAAUUGUCAGAGAAACAUUUUUCAGCAUGUCUCCACAGUCAUUUCUCUUUUAAUUUAUAUCAAUGCAUAUUUUUUUUGCUUUUAUUAUGGACAGGUCAUUAUCACCUUUCUGAUUUCACACCUAAAUUACAUUUUAAAUUGAAAGAUUAUUCAAGUAGGUGCUAAUUAUGUUAUCCUUAUUGUGUGAUAGAAAUCUUUGCAACAAUGCAUCUUAUUUUUAUUUAUUUAAACUAUUCCAAAAAAUACCAAAAUCUGUGAUGUUGAACUAUACAUAAACUUUAAAAAUAAAACAUGCUAGAAAUUGUUUGACAUGGAACAUUUAAAAAAAAAAAAAGAUUCUAGUCUAAGUACCAUUUUAUAGGCCGUGAACAAAUAAGUAAAAAAAAAACAAACCCUAAUUCAAAUUAAAAUUUUAAAUGCUAACCCCUUUUGUAGUUAGUAAAUUUUAUUCUUAAUUAUAGCACCUUUCAAGUUUUAAAUCAAGAUGAAUAGUGAAGUUUAUUAAUUGUCAUCUGAUGUUUCUACUUUCUAAUAAACACUAAUGUUCUGUUUGUUUAAUGUACAAAUUGCAUAAAUCUUAUGGUCAAUAUAAUUCUAUUAUAAGGUUAAUAUUUCAACUCUUAAGAACUUUAAAGACCAACUGAAGAGGUUUUUUUCGAAAUUGAGAUAGCGAUUGAUUCAGACAGUAGAUAGCAUCAAAGUUAGUUCCUAAAAUUUUGAGAUUUUAGAAAAGCGUAUUUAUAUUAGAAAAAGUAAUUUGAAAGUGGAAAAAAUAACGAGAUUUGAAAAUCAGCUUCAAUGGCCGAAACCGGAAGUGACGUAUUGUAAUGGACUGAGAAAAUGUAAAUAAAAAUAGACAUGGCUGGAUACGUUAUUGAUAGCGAUUCAGAUGAUAUACUUAUCUAAAUCUAGCUGUCAAACAAUUUUAAAUGAUACUUAUCAUGGGAUGCACCAAAAUGCCCUGAAGAUAACUCUUCUACUUUUUCAAAAUAUUUUAUAGAGCAGACUAUUUAAUUAAUAUAAUUAUUAUUGAUAGAUAGGACUAGACUACUACUACUACUACGUCUACUACUACUACUAGACUUCUAGACAAAAACAUAUGACAUGUGGCAUACAGACAAGUUUACUAGAUGGAUCUUUCAUCAUUUUGGAAAUACAAGAAGAGUUAAUAUUCCCUUUUUCUGUUGUGAAACCAAUCACAGAAAUAUUCUACAAUUUUAUUUUAUAUAUAAUAAAUUAAAUACAAAUAAAUGUAAAUAAAAAAUCACAUUUUAAUAGAGUUCUUCAUUAUACACACAACAUUAUUUUAGUAUGUUCCUUUUCACUUUCUAGGUUUAGAAAAAGCUUCAAAUCAGGAUUUAAUAUUAUUAUGUCAUAGCCCAAAACUCCAUCAGGAUGUUAGUUAAUGGCAGUGGUCAAUGUUUGAACCUGAGACCACAGAGAAGACAGUUCGGAGCGCAAACCACACAACUUUCUGCGUUUCGAAACAUAUUCAAAUUUUGAUCAUUUCUAUGUUAUUGCAGAUUUGAAUGUCCAUUGCAAUGAUGACUUGAUCUGUAAAGGGGUUACAUCUAUAAAAAAAAAAGAGUUGGAUCUCAUUCUUCGAAUGAUGCUAUUUAUUAGAAAUUGCAAGGUGGAAUAGAUAUUAGAGGCCAAAAGAAAAUCCACUGCCGAGGGAAGACGUAGACGUCGUAAAGAACAUUUAAAUUGACCACCAGCUAGGGCUGCGUAGCCAUGGAAAAUACUGCAUUCCUCAUUAAUCUUUCGACUCGACUGCCAGCCUUAUGUAUUUAACACUUUAAAUUAUGAAUAGCUCUGCAUUUUUUAAUAACAAUAAAAUAUAUAUAAAUAUUCAGUGAUUAACUGGCAAUAAUUGGGUUACUAAAAUUUAAUAAAAUGAGUUGCAUAACUACAACAACAGUAGCCUAUAUGCAUUACUGAAUAUUAUAUUGAUACUACAAUUUAUUUUUCACUUCCCAGAGAAAUGAAAAAAACAACAACUCCUUUUCCAGUUGGAUAAUCUCUUCUAUUGAUAGUCUAAACACAAUUUAAAACUUUGUUACAGUUACAGAUUAACUAACUAUCUAAUGAUUCUAUUCGUGAGAUAUAUAAAUAUUCAAUUUUUACAUAUAGAUAUAUAGAACUAUUUAAGUAAGAGUGUAACAAAAUCCAUAUUUCGUAUAUUAAUAAUAAUAUAGAAUUGGUAGAUCUAGGUCUAAGUUUUGCCUUAUAGAUUAGUUUUUAGAAAUUUAGAUCUAGUAGAUCUAAAUCAGAAUACCUUUAACUUUUAAGUCUAGGAUAAUUUGCUAGAGUUGUAGGAGGUUGUGAUUCUAGAUUCAAACUAAAUAUAAUCAUGUACUACAAUAACUACAUUGAAUGAGCUUAACAUUGUAAUUAAUGUUGUUUUUUCCCCAUAUUUGGCCUAUUUAGGCCCUAACCCUAUAGGUUAAUAAUCACUAUUAAGUGUAUAGAUAGAGUAUAUAAUUUUAAACUUUGUUUUUCUAGAUCUAGUCCCAGCACCUCGAUCGGAUCAGUCUAGAUAGAUCUAUAUAGAUAGGUCUAAUCUCUAAAUAUCCAAUACUACUAUUACUAGAUCUAGACUUCAUCUAAUUAAAUUUAGGUCUACUUCAUACAUCAUUAAUGAUCUGAGAAAAGAAGAUCUAGCUCUUGAUCAAAAGCAGUAGAUGUAGAACUAGAAUAAGCCAUAAAUUGCGUAACUUGGCUUAAACGAAACAUGUGAACUGAGGCGCGCGGUACUGCGUGGGCUGAAACGCUGUUCGCUUGACUAGAUCAAGAAUAAGCCGACAAAUAGUAGAUCUAACAUGCAAAGCCAUAAAUUGCGUGAUUUGACCUAAUUUCCCCAACUCUAACAUCCACAUUUUAUAAAUUGGUGUGUUUUAGUCGCCUUUAUUUUCAGAACUAGCAUUCCUGUAAAAAGGAAUAGGGGAAAUACGCUAAGCCAUAAACUGAAAAAUUUGACCUAAUUUCCCUUAAACUACGUCAUCGACCUUGGUUGUCUGGGAAAUACUGAUCUCGAAUGGCUUCGAGAUUGUGAAAUUUAAUAGUUCCUAAAACGCACAUUAAAUUGCUUAUAUCUAAAUAAUUACAAAGAAUAUAUGUCUAAUAUUUCGUAUAUAUGUUUCUUUAAGCAUUAUGAAACUAAAAAAAAGUAUUACACCGGUUUCCGCGUCUGACCCCAAAACCUCUUCAGUUGGUCUUUAAGAUAUAGAUCACAGCAAUAUUACUUGCUAAGUGAACCCAAUGAAUAUGGUCGCACAAAAAAAAAAAAACAACCUAGUGAUCAUUUUAUAGCAAUUUGACAGCUAGAAAUCCAUUAUUUAAUUAUUGUAUUGUUUUUUUUUUCCUCACAGUAUUUUUAUAUUAUAAAUAUAACUCAGCAAUUUUUUAAAAAUUCAAUUAUAGCUCACAACAAAAUUUUAUUAAAAUUUUCUAUUAGAGCUUUUUUUUUUAAUAGUUAGCACUGCAAGCUGGAUGUCAUAUUACGCAUAGACAAACAGGUUGCUAAAAAAGCACCUUAAUGCACUUUGUUUUCAUACUUUAAGGUACUUUAUGGUAUUCAGCCUAAUCUCUGUCUAGAUAUCUUCAUUGUGUACUUGUAACAUUAAGUAUCGCCUAAAUUCUAUUUUAUUUUUGUACUUAAAAUUAUUGUCAUUGUCUAUUUACACAUUUUAAACUAAGAUUACUUAACAGCAAUAUGUAUAAUAAAAUUACUUAUGUAUAAUAAAAUGACUAUAUAAACUACAUUUUUUUUUCUCACUAAGACUAAGUAUCGAAAUGUACAUAUUGCUAGCUUGAAAUAUGUUGUUGAAAAUAAAAUUUUAGGUUUUGUCUAUCUUUAUUAAUAAUCACAAAAAACAAAUAGGUAUUAAUUUUGUGCUUGUGAAUAUUUGUUUUUACCAACAAUUAUUUUUUAUAAUUACUGUUAAGAUUAACAUUGAAGAACUUCUUCAGCUGACUAUCAGAUAUAUUGAGUCAUUUCAGAAACCACACAAAGAAUUCAAUUGUUUCUCUACUUAUUCAUUUUUAAUUUCACAAUUCUUAGUUGAAAAUGCAGGUUAAUAAAGUUUUGAAUCACUGUAAAAA